AUGUCGGCCAUCCUGGGACCCAACAUUGGCGGCGGGCGACGCUUUCGAUACGGUUUCCCAUCUCGCUCGUCCUCGACCUCAAGUUCCCCUUCGACCUCGACUGUCGGCCGCUCCGACCCGCCAGCACCCUUUACACGCAGGGGCCGUACUUCGCAGACCAUGGAGGGCCAGGCGAAGCGGCUCAGGAAGUUGCAGCAGCUGGCGCCGCAGACCAUCGUGGAUGACUUUUGGACAAAAUUCACCACAAAGGCGCCGGGCAAAGCCACCACUGUGCUUCCCCAGGACCAGCACGCGGACACGACGCCAUCCAAAACAACCCAAGACAGCUACGAUGAGGCAGCUGUCGUGUGCCGGGCCAAAGUCGUCCAGAUCAUCAAGGAAUGCCGCCGCGUCAACAAGAAAUACCGUGACCCGCACUUUGACCUCGAGUCGGACCUCAAACUCGGCCGUCGCGACUGUCUGCAGUCUCUCCCCAACGUCAAGGGUGUCAAGGCACCGCCUGGAGGCGGCUUCAACCCGCGCAGCGCCAAGCGCGUCACUGAGAUAUUCGACAAGCCGCAGUUCUACAUUGACGGCCCGACAGCUAACGACGUUAGGCAGGGCAGGGAUGGCGACUGCUGGCUCAUGUCGGCCCUGUGCACGCUCAGCAACAAGCCGGGACUCAUUGAGAGGCUGUGCGUGGCGCACGACCAGGAUGUCGGCGUCUAUGGCUUCGUCUUCCACCGAGAUGGGGAGUGGAUAUCGGAAAUCGUCGACGACUUUCUCUACCUGACCAAACCAGACUACGACGAGAGCUACACAGACCGAGUCCUCUUUGACGAGCUCGAGCGCGUCAACCCGGAGGAGGCCUACCGCCGAAUCUACCAGGCCAACAGCGGCGCCCUGUACUUUGCCCAGUGCGAGCACCCACAGGAAACGUGGCUGCCGCUUCUUGAAAAGUGCUACGCCAAAGCUCACGGCGACUAUGCCGCCAUCGAGGGCGGCUUCGGCGGCGAGGGCAUCGAGGACCUCACGGGGGGCGUCACCUCGGAGAUUUUCACUACGGAUAUCCUCGACAAGGAAUACUUUUGGAACGAAGAGCUCCUCAAAGUCAACCAAGACUUCCUAUUUGGCUGCAGCACCGGAGUCUGGGGGUCCUCGAGCUGGGGAGAGAGGAAGGGCAUUGUGGAACUUCACUCUUACUCUGUCCAGAGGGCCGUCGAGAUUGACGGGAAGCGCCUGGUUCGCCUCAAGAACCCGUGGGGAAAGGGUGAAUGGAAGGGCGCCUGGAGCGAUGGGUCCAAAGAAUGGACUCCAGAAUGGCUCGAGAAGCUGGACCAUCGAUUCGGCGACGACGGCGACUUCUGGAUAUCGUACGACGACCUCUUGCGCAAAUAUCAAGCCUUUGAGCGGACACGCUUGUUCGACAGCGACUGGAGCGUUGCCCAGAUCUGGACCACGCUCACGGUGCCCUGGAUGCUCGACUAUCAUACAACAUACUUCUCCCUUUCCCUUUCCAAGCCCGGUCCCGUGGUCAUUGUUUUCUCCCAGCUUGAUGAACGCUACUUUCGUGGCCUCGAAGGCCAGUAUCAUUUCCAGCUGGCCCUGCGUCUUCACAAGAAGGGCAAGGAGGACUAUCUUGUGCGAAGCCAGGCUCCAUACAGAAUGCGGCGCUCCGUCAACGUCGAGCUGGAGCUCGAGGCCGGCGAGUACGACGUGCGUGUCAAGGUUGACGCUUGCCGUUGGGAGGAUAUUAUACCAACCGAACAGGUCAUCCGGAACAGCGCAAAGUUGCGUCGAGAGAAGCUCACGCGCAUCGGGCUGGCCUACGACCUUGCACACGGCAAGGGCAAAGUGGUCGAAACGGCGGAGGAAAAGGCCGCGAGAGAGGCGCACGACAAGAAGCACGAGGCCAAGCGGCGACAAGAGAUCUUGAAGAGGAUUGAGGCCGACCGGGAGGAGCAGCACUAUCUCCAAAGAAAGGCGAUGCAGAGGACCAAAGAUAAGGAGCGCAAGGAAAGGGCCAAGAACAAGGCCAAGAUGGCGGCGAUGCAGGCCAGGAAGCGAGCCAUCAAGUCGGGCGUGGCCGAUCAGAGAGGGUCUGUCUCCACAACGGGACAAAGCGACGUGGUCGUCGUUGCUGGGGAGCGAGGGAAUGCGUCAGAGGUCGAAACUGAGAAGAAUGAAGCCCCGUCUCAUGAGGAGGCGGCGAAGGAGGACACACAGGCCAGAAAUGCAACGGCAAGUGCUCCCCAAGGCGAGGACGCGGCUGUGCACGGCGUCGAAGAGCAGCUAAGAGAUGGACACGACGAGACUUUUUGCGAAUCAGGCAGCGAGUCUGGCUCGAACGUCUCGGACGAGCUCUCGGAACUCUCGGAGCGAGAGCUGGACAUCCAAGUCGAAAUUCAGCUGGGACAGCUAAAGCGAAUGGCGGCGGCUUCGGCGGCCUCGGCUCCCACCGCUGAGGAGCAACCGGACGAGUUUGAGCGAGACCCCUGGAACGCCGUCGCCGUCGCCGGUCUCCGCGUCUACCACAGAGUCGGCGAGGGGGGCGACGCCGACGUGGUGCGGCUCAAGGUUGUGCGCCCAAAUCCGUACGCCGACGCGGACGACGAGGCGAAGACGGACUCGGCCGAGGGCAAGACCAGGGAGCUCGACGUCGACGACAGCGCCAAGGACGCGACGCUGGUGGGCGGCGUGACGGAACGCCGCAACAGCAUCGUGGGUAACGACCGGCCGGUGUUCUGA